AUGCAGGUCAGAUUCACCCAAGGCACAACCUCUACGAUCAACUCGUAUGGGUAUUCUCCACACCCACUGUCCAGUUACCUCAGCUGGGUUGAGACCAUAUUGACUGGAACAGAGGACAACAAGCCCAUCAUUGUUAGCAUUACUGCUCCGACGCCUGAAGAGAUAUUUGGGAUGAUUUCCUCUGUCCAGUCUCUGCGUACCCGGCUCAAGGAUAUCGCCCGUAAAGGGCGCCCUUCGAGAGUGGCAAUAGAAAUCAACACCUCGUGCCCCAACAUCCCAGGCGCCUCUCCGUCGGGGUACUCGUUCCCCACCAUGGCCCCCCUCAUUCAGGUGUUGGCGGACGCCUUCAACCAAGACCGAACACUGACGAUCGGUUUGAAGCUACCUCCAUACACCUUCAAGGAACAGUAUCGUCAGGUCCUCGAAGUCUUGGAGUCUUAUGCAGGCGCUUCCCCGCAUGGUGCUUCUCCGAUAUCGUUCCUGACAUGCACAAACACCUUGGGAAGUUCGCUUCUAUUUCCCGACCAAGCGAGCGGCGAAACUGUCGGGCCAUUUGCCCUCCCAACCGCCCUAGGCGGUCUCGCAGGCGAUCUUCUGCAUCCACUCGCCCUGGGGAACGUUCACACGUUCUCGACAUUAAUCCGGGGCGGGGAGCCCCAAUACCCUCGACUUUCCGGUCUCAAGAUCAUCGGAGUCGGAGGCGUAACCAGCAAGGCGGCAGCGAAGCGGAUGCGCGAUGCAGGUGCGGACGUUGUCGGCUGCGCGACGUUGUACGGGAAGGAAGGGGUGAAAGCGUUCGAAAUACUGACGGUAUAA